CGCAGAAGAAGAGCGCUGCUGCGGUCAGCUGAUGAGGAAGGACAGCGGAUGAUGGCGGACUCUGUGAGUUUGUUCGGAGGAAGAGCUCCAGCUGAAGUGCAGCAGCUGGCCAAGCAUCUGAGGAAUCUGGACAGAGACACUUUCUCGCAGAUGCUGAGCGCGGUGCUGAGGGCCGUGGACGGUCUGGACUGUCGUGAGUCUCUGAGACUGAUCUCAGAGAGCGGCUUGGUCUCAGAGGACAGCUUUAACCACGCCGUGGCUGGACUGUACGCUCUUCUCAAAGAAGCUCUGUGUCUGCCGUCUCUAAGACAAGAGGUUUUUAAUGAGGAUCUCCGAGCGCUUCGGGUGUCUGAGGAGUUCAUUGCAGACGUGUCCAGUGCGGUGUUUGGAAGCAGACAGACCUCCAUCGAUGUCAGUGACACACAUCGAGGCCCGACUCUGGCAAAGAUACAGGACUUUAAAUGGAGAGUGGAUGUUGCCAUUUCCACAAGCUCGCUGUCUCGAGCUUUGCAGCCCUCCAUCCUCAUGCAGAUGAAACUGUCUGAUGGCCAUGUGCACCGAUUCGAGGUUCCAUUGGUCAAGUUCCAGGAACUUCGUUACAAUGUUUCUCUAAUUCUGAAGGAAAUGAAUGACAUAGAGAAGAGGAGUAUUCUCAAAAUACAAGACUGAUGGAUCAUGUUAUCAUAUUCUAUUGCAAGACAAGAUAUCGGAUCUUUUAUUUGAUUUACACUUUUCUAAUAUUUGGUAAAUUGUAUUAAUUGUACUGAAUUAAUUUUUAUUAACCAUUUGUUUCUUUUGCACUUGGUCAGCCAAGUUUAGCUGUGUGAAACCGUAUCUUGUUUGUCAGCAGUGCUUUGUCAGAACAUUUGUGUUCUACAUUUUGUAAAAAUAAAUGUCUGUCGUCUUGUGUUUUCUGAA